AAAAUGAAAGAAAUAAAACUCGUGAGCCAAUAAAACGAAUAAUAGCUGAAGUUAAAGAAUUAUUGAAGAUUAUAUUCCAUUCUGAAACAGCAAAUCCUUGUAAAAAAAUGAAUGCACAACAAAUGUAUGAAGAAUUAUUGAGACGUGCGAACCUAGGUGAAAUCGAUGAGAAUAAUGUACCUAAAGUGAUCACAAUAACAAAUUGGAUUACUGUUUUUUCGCGCAAGUGGAAAGAAGCUAUGACGUUGAGAUCUUUGGAUGAAAAUGCAAAUGCUGAAAAUUUGUAA